AUGUCGCAGCGAGAGCCUCAGGGCCCACGGAGCGUGGGGGGCUCCCCGCACCUGCCCCUGGAGCUGCAGCUCCGCGGGAAGCUGGAGGCCCCGGGCAGCGGGGAGCCGGGCACCAAGGCCAAGAAGGGGCGGAGGAGCCGCACGGUGUUCACCGAGCUGCAGUUGAUGGGCCUGGAGAAACGCUUCGAGAAGCAGAAGUACCUCUCCACACCCGACAGAAUAGAUCUCGCCGAGUCCCUGGGCCUGAGUCAGUUGCAGGUGAAGACUUGGUACCAGAAUCGGAGGAUGAAGUGGAAGAAAAUAGAGGCCGAUGACCUGCUCCUGGAGAGUGAAGACCUGGAGGUCAGCGAUGUAGCUGUGGGCCGCAGCCUGCACAACCCCAGUUCCAGGGUCCUCGGGAAUGAAACCCAGAGAUGGCACAAGCUGGCCAUCACCGAGGAGGUCACUGCUGCGCCUCGUUUCCCCAGCCCAGGGUGGUAG